AUGGAGAGUGAUAUCAGAGUUACAUACAUUGACGAGUGUUCUUUUGACCGGGCGUGUGACCAUUCCUGUGUCAACUCCCCCGGCAGCUUCCAGUGCUUCUGUCAUAAAGGCUAUGUUCUCUACGGUCUGGCACAUUGUGGCGAUAUUGAUGAGUGCAGUAUAAACCGCGGUGGCUGUAAAUAUGGCUGUGUCAACACUCAGGGCAGCUAUGAGUGUACUUGUCCACCUGGAUACAAGCUACACUGGAAUAGGAAGGACUGCAUUGAGCUGAUGAAAUGUCUGCCUGGCCUAGCUCCAAAGACCACUCUGACCUGCAGUAAAACAGGCAAGAAAGAGAGCUGCUCCCUCACCUGCUCCUCCAAGGCUCACUAUCUGGCAGAAUCUGACAGCAGCUAUACAAUGAGCUGUGGCAUCCCCAUCCUGCGAGGCAAAACCCCAGCCAGACUGAACACAAGCAGCACUCCGAGCUGCAUAGAAACAGGGGCCCCUCCAGUGAAGCAGACCGCCUCUUUCAAGAUCAAAGAUGCCAAGUGCCACCUGCACCCCAAGCUGACAGGCCGGGCUGAGGACAGGGGCCGAGCGCUGGGGCCAGGAAGUGGACAGCCCUGCAGUAACUGCCUGGUUACGUUUGUCAACCUCAAAUGUGACUCCUCCAAGAAGGCCAAAGGGCGUCGUGCCCGUAACCCCACCAACAAAGAAGUGACACGCAUCACCCUGGAGCUCGAGGCGGAGGUCAAGCCAGGAGACACCACAGGGAGCUGUAACCUGAGUUGCCUGCGCCAGCGCAUGGAGAAGCAGGUGAAGACAUACAUCAAGGCCCUGAAGAAGUCGAUCAACCAGGAGCGUUUCCUGAUACGUGUGGCUGGGCUGGAGUACGAGGUGGCCCAGAAGCUGCCCCAGGUCGACUCAGGCCACGAGAACUGUGGUCCAGGAUGGGAGAAGGACAGCGGACGAUGUGUCAGAUGUUUGCCGGGAUCUUACUACCAUGGGGAACAGGAGCGCUGUGUCCAGUGCCCACCUGGCACCUUCCAGGAGAGGGAGGGGCAGCUGGCCUGUGACCUGUGCCCAGGCAGUGAUGGGCAUGGACCUGCCGGGGCUCGCAACAUCUCCUCCUGCGCAGGUCAGUGCCCAACUGGCUACUUCUCCAGUGAUGGGUUUCAGCCAUGCCAGCCAUGCCUGUUUGGCUCCUACCAGCCUGACCUGGGACGGACCCUGUGCUUCCCCUGCGGAGGGGGGCUGAGCACCAAGCGGGAGGGGGCCAGCUCCUUCCAUGACUGUGAGGUCAAAGUUCAGUGCUCCCCUGGCCACUACUACAACACUACGGUGCACCGCUGUAUUCGUUGCCCUUUGGGCAGCUACCAGACAGAGUUCAGACAGAACUACUGCAUCACCUGUCCUGGUAACACCACUACAGACUUUGAUGGUGCCACCAGUGUCUCUCAGUGCAAGAACCGAGAAUGCGGAGGAGAGAUGGGUGAGUUCACAGGUUACAUUGAGUCGCCCAACUACCCUGGGAACUACCCAGCUAAUGUGGAAUGCAUCUGGAACAUCAACCCACCCAACAAGCGCAAGAUUCUCAUGGUGGUGCCUGAGAUCUUCCUGCCCUCAGAGGACGAGUGUGGAGACGUACUGGUUAUGAGGAAGAAUUGGUCAGCCACGUCCAUCACAACCUAUGAGACGUGUCAGACGUAUGAGCGACCUAUAGCCUUCACCGCCCGCUCCCGCAGACUCUGGAUCAACUUCAAGUCCAACGAGGCUAACAGUGCCCGAGGCUUCCAGAUCCCCUAUGUCACCUAUGACGAGGAUUAUGAACAGCUUGUAGAGGACAUUGUCAGAGAUGGAAGACUCUAUUCCUCUGAAAACCAUCAAGAAAUCCUAAAGGAUAAAAAGCUGAUUAAAACUCUCUUCGACGUGCUGGCCCACCCAAACAACUACUUCAAGUACACCCCUCGGGAGUUCAGCGAGAUGCUGCCGCGCUCCUUCUUGCGCCUCAUAAGCAGCAAAGUCUCUGCGUUCUUGCGACCAUAUAAGUAGUCUCCACAUCAAACCCCGCCCCUGAAGGACCAGACCCCACCCCCCUCUUACAGGCCAAACACCAAACUCUCACAGGACUUAUAACAAGUUGACAAAAAUAACAUUUUUUUUUCUUCUUCUAUUUUUUCAUACUGUAGGCUUGACGACACACUUCACUAUGCAGUCUCAUAUGUCGAACUUAAUCUGUUUUGCAGUAUUUAGUUUUAUACCCUUUAAUUUUCUCCAAAACCAUGCUGUCUCUGAAGCCAACCAACUUGAGUCAAAGUACAGUACAGGCUUUCUUGCUCAUCUCUUCUUUCUGAAUAUUUAUCACGACUCCAAUAUGUUUGUGUCGUUCUUUGUUGUUGUCGUCAUUCUUGUUUCUAUUAUCAUAUAGCAUAGAUGGCCUUGUCUGUCAUUUUCACAGCAAUCCCUAAUGAGAAGGAUGUGUGUGUAUUUCAGAUGACGCAUGUUGUCUGUUUGUUGACAAAAUGGACAAUGGUAGAGGCAUUUAUUUCAAACAGGAAGAAGGAUAUUACAAGGGCAAUAUGUUUGUCACAUUUGUUUUGAGCUGGAACAGGGUUAUCGUAAACGUGCUUUAAUAUAUAGUCUUUCACUUGAGUUCCAGCUUUAACUCUUACCAUGCCAGGAUGAGUCUGUUUUGAUAAAUGUAUAAGCUUUUGUACAUCUAUAUCCUCCAUGAGCAAUCCUCAAGGAGAAGGACCUGUCAGUUUCAUGUCAUAGUUACAUUCCACAACAUUCAAAGACUUACUAUAUCUGAGCUCUUAGAGCAACUUCUUAUUAAGGUAUUACUGUUAAAACAGUUAUUCUAGGUUUUUUUCUUCUGUCCAGAUUGUAUAACUGUCUGUUACCUACCUUCAGAUAUUUUCUGUUAUUCUAUAUCCAAGUUAACUUAACAAAGUGUAUAAAUAGUAGUUUAUCAUUUUUCUCCCAGAAGGUGAUGGACAUUUUGGAAAAGAAAUAGAAAACUAGAUUUGUGAGAGUCACAGGAGACAGAGAAAUGUCUCUAUGGUCCAUGACUGGUGAGUGAGAGACAGAGAGACGUCUUAAUUAAAGGACAAGGCUCUGUGAUACAGAAAAUGUCUUUAUUGGACACAACUCUGUGAGAGAGUUGUCUUUGAGGGACAUAUGUUUGCUGCUUCUUUUAAAAAGGUCACUUUAAUUAUUCAAUCUCAAGUCCUUUCUGUCCUCGCAUCACACUAAUAGUCCAUUGCAUUAAUAUAAAAGAAAGUUGAGUGUUUAGAGAGAUGCAUCAUAAGUAUAAAUAUAAUUAUACCGCCUGUCCUCAUGUAAGUUGAUAGUCACAUCACAUUUGCCUCUCCAUCCAUGGACUACCAACUGAUUGUAAUGUUUUUCUUUCAAUCUUGUAAAUAAUGGAAAAAAAAUAGACACGGUUUGAAUCCUUUUUAAUCUAAAUUAUCUUGGAACAGGAUCCCCAAAGUAUUUUCCGCCCAUGUCCUCUUCACCCUCUCCCAAACCCAAAGACCCCCCCCCCACCAGCCUCCUUUUUCCCAAAUGCCCCAUGUCAGAUUCUGUCCCAAUAAGACUAGCUCUUCCAAAGACUGCCCGCACGGCAGGCCAAGUUAUUAUCUUGUGAACUAGAUCUAGAGCCUGUCAUCCUACCUUUGUUAUAUAUUGCAAUGAAUGAAGUCUCCAUUGUGUUACUCCUCUCUCUGUGUCCAGAGAAAUACAAAAAAACAAUGUUGAAACCUGUCAAAACAUAACAAAGCAUUGUCUUUUCUUGGACUAAUUAAAACAUUUUAGUGACUGGAUUAGGGUUGUGAAUGAAGUUACUUUAUAUUCAGCAUCCCACUACAAUAAUGUUGAAAAACUAAUAUAGUUGAUCAAUACAAUACUAUUACAAUUGAAUUAUUGCUGACAAUUGCAUUGUCAAUGUAAAAGCUAAUGACAACAAGUAAUCCUAAUACACUCAAAACCUUUGUUAAAGAAAAAUAAACAGAGCUACUGCUCUUAAAUAUCAUAUGGAUUUCCCUUGGAAAUUCUGUUUUUAUUUUAUUUUUAAUUUUUGUUGUAAAUAAAAGAGAAAAUAAACAGUGUAAACAGUAAAAGCUACUGCACACUACCUUUAGAUAGUUGGAAGCACAGGUGCUUCUGGGUAAGAUAAAGGGAUUUUGACCACAUUCCUACAUUGUAAGACAAGCGUGGCCUAGCCAUGCAGACCACAUAGUCAGAAGGAACUGUUUAAUACACAUCACACAGAAUAUCUGCCAUAUCUGUAUUCUUUUGAAUGUAAAAAACAAAACAAAAAGCCUAGCUACAUUUAUGGUUGUUUUAAGUUGCCAUUAGGAUUUAUACCACCCUGUUUUUAAAAAACAUUUUCGAUGUCAAUAGCAGCAGUCCAUAGCGCUCACUGCUCCCACCCGUCCCAACUCACCAUCCCCUCUCUUCAUCCCUCUGUCCCUGCAGCCUGAACACAUCAGAUGGUUUUGUUUUUUUAUUCGUUUUUUUUUUACAUGAGUUUGCUAUGAUGGAUCAUAGAGUUGAUAAUGGUAUUUGCACUUGAAAAUUGUUAUUGCUCAUGUAAAAAUGUCUGGAUUUUGUAUUGUCUUUUUAAAUGAAUGGAAUUGGUGUGCUUA